CUCUCACGAUGAUAGCGGUUCACGCGCGAAGUUCAAUAGACGGUGCGGCAGCCAUCUUCCCAGCCAGUACUGAUACCAUCUUCCGAUACGCUCCACAGACUUCGACGCUGCAUAGAGUUCGAUAGAGAUGACAUUGAUGAUGCUUCUCUACGUCCGCGCUCGAAAGUUCCGUGAUCGAGACUACGAGUUUACAUCCCCGUGGUCGGGCUUCUUCGAUGGCACGUACGCGCGAUAAGAGGGCCUCCCCCUGGGUCCCGUGCUAGGCCCACGCGAGGCUCCGUCAGAGAUCCACUCAUCUUCUAACUUCUAACAGGCAGAUGACUGGCCGCAAACCUACUUUCUCAAUGCCGCAUGCAGCAGCUCUCACAGUGCGUUGCUGAUGAGAAAGAGGUACCAAUAACCGGCACUCGUCCAUACUGUGCUGGAAGCAUGUCCUCCUCAACGGGGUCACCUUGCCCAACAGGAAACACCGACAGAUGUCCCGAUAGCUUUCCGGCAAAUCUCACACGAGAAUCAACGGCGCCGCGUGGGGAACGCCUGCUCUGUGGUUCUCUGCUCGCCUGCUUCCAUGCGUUCGUUGCACUGUCCCCGGACCGCCUGACCAGUAUCGAAGGUGCACUGACAUCGCCUUGGCGCGCUACAUGGCUAUAAAAGUGGAUGUCCUUCAGUAUGACUUCCUUACGAGCAUACUAGCUCUCGGUCGUCCUUGGACUCUCGGUCUCCUGUCGCCAUGUUCUCCAAGGCCCUCGUUGUGAUCUGCUUCGCCGCAGUUGCCCUCGGCAAGCCCGUCGCCCGCAGCUUGCAGGUGCACGAGACCCGCGAGCAGGUCCCCGCCGCAUUCUCGUUGGCCGGUCCUGCUUCUCCGGACACCAUGCUGAAUCUGCGCAUCGCGCUCGUUUCGAGCGACAUGGCGGGUCUGGAGAAGGCGCUGUACGACGUCAGUACUCCCGGCAGCGCACUCUACGGACAGCACCUUAGCAAGGAAGAGGUGGAGCAGUUCGUCGCCCCAACAUCGGAGACUGUAGACGCGGUCACCUCUUGGCUGAAGGAGAACGACGUCGAAGCCGCGAAGGCUUCUCCAGCCGGCGACUGGUUGAGCAUCUCGAUCCCAGUCAGCAAGGCCAACGAGCUCUUCGACGCUAACUUCUCGGUCUUCACGCACUCCAAGACUGGCACGCAGUCGAUCCGCACGCUCACGUACUCCAUCCCCACUGAUCUCAAGAACAAGCUCGAUUUUGUACACCCCACCACCGUCUUUGCGCAGCCAUUCUCUGGCCCUCAAUUCCACACCCCGAUUCUGACCCCUGCAGUUAACGUAACGUCAGAUGCCGUUCCCUCAUCGUGCGGUUCCACUAUUACUCCGGCCUGCUUGCAAGCGCUCUACGGCAUCCCAACCACGAGCAACGCGAUCUCAUCCAAUGUUUUGGGAGUCAGCGGCUUCAUCGACCAAUUCGCCCAGAAGGCUGACCUUAAGAGCUUCCUCUCUCGCCUACGUACUGACCUCCCGUCGACAACCACAUUCACGCUCCAGACCCUCGAUGGCGGUGAAAACCCACAAAGCGCAAGCGACGCCGGUAUCGAAGCUAACCUUGAUAUCCAAUACACCGUCGGCGUCGCAUCAAAGGUCCCAGUCAACUUCAUCUCUGUCGGCGACAACAACCAGGAUGGCAUCAAUGGUUUCCUCGACAUCAUCCAAUUCCUCCUCAACGAGUCUACCCCCCCUACCGUUCUCACGACCAGCUACGGCUUCAACGAGCCCGACCUGACAUCUAGCGUCGCAAACAACCUCUGCAAUGCUUACAUGCAGCUCGGAGCUCGCGGCACGUCCAUCCUCUUCGCGUCUGGUGAUGGGGGUGUCUCCGGCUCGCAGAGCCAAAGCUGCACCACGUUCAUACCGACCUUCCCCUCGGGAUGCCCCUUCUUGACUUCCGUUGGCGCCACGACCGGCAUCACCGAGACUGCGGCGGACUUUUCCUCUGGUGGCUUCUCCGCCAUCUUCUCGCAGCCGUCUUACCAAUCCUCCGCCGUCUCGACCUACCUCACCGCACUCGGCAGCACCAACUCCGGCAAGUUCACCAAGACCGGCCGCGCGUUCCCCGACGUCUCCGCGCAGGGCGAGAACGUCGAGAUCGCGGACGGCGGCGAGUUCGGGACCGUCGACGGCACGUCGUGCUCCAGCCCGAUCUUCGCUAGCGUCAUCGCUCUCCUGAACGACAACCGUGCCGCCGCUGGCAAGGCCCCGCUCGGCUUCCUCAACCCCUUCCUCUACUCCGCCGCCGGGACGGCGGCGUUGAACGACGUCACCACCGGAAGCAACCCAGGUUGCAACACCAAUGGCUUCCCCGCCAAGGCUGGCUGGGACCCGGUCACUGGUCUCGGUACCCCGAACUUCGCUAAGCUCCUAUCGGCGACUGCCAAUUUGUGA